CAGUUGUUGAGAAAAAUGCAUACAAAGUCGUGUCCACAUUCACUGGAAUCUCAACUGAAACUGUUUCAUUCAAAACAUACACAAAACGCGGCACUGAUGGAUUUAAAAUCGUUGUUGAAAAGUAAAGUAAAACCAGUGUCACGAGAAGAAUUAAUUCAAACCGAAGAUGAAUACUUUAAAAUGUACCUUGAAGAAUGGGGAAAAAAACAGGAGCCAUGCGACGGCAUUCCAAAAUUCUUUAACAAACUACCAAAAGAACACGAAACUCUAAGAAGAAAACUUCGUGAUGAAAGUCGAUCUAAUCAAUUAAGUCGAAAAAAUCACGAGUCAGUACAUGAUAGUGAACUUCGAGAUCUGUGGGUUCUUUUGGAGGAACACCAGUCAUUGCCAGAUGAAUUGAUAACAUAUUCGGAUUUUCAAAAGGUCUCAGCGUUACUAGGUCCCAAAGUCAAGCGUUACUUCACACCCAGUGUCUUCGCCCGGUUGCAACAAGGAGACCCCCAGGGCCGAAUAUCCAGUAUGUCAAUAUUUAAUUAUAUUAUGAAAAAACAUUGGUUGCAACAAACAAGAGUAGGUUUUUCUGUAUAUGAUGUAACAGGGCAGGGGUAUUUGAGUGAGUCUGAUUUAGGAAACUACAUAACAGAGUUGUUACCCACUUUACCUCAAUUGGAAGGCUUGGAAAAAUCAUUUCACAGUUUUUAUGUGUGUACUGCUGUCAGAAAGUUUUUCUUUUUUUUGGAUGUACUGGGGUCAGGCAGAAUACGGAUUUUGGAUAUACUUGCGUCUUCAUUUUUAGAUGACUUGCUGGAUUUAAGGCUGGAAGAAUUGAGUAAAGAAUUACAAGAACAAAACUGGUUCAGUGCCCCAUCAGCUCUUCGAAUAUAUGGACACUAUCUAAAUUUGGAUCGAGAUCACAAUGGAAUGUUAAGUAAAUCAGAACUUGCAGGCUAUGGUACUGGUUCAUUAACACAACCAUUUUUGGAUAGGGUGUUCCAAACUUGCCUUACAUAUGGAGGAGAAAUGGAUUACAAGACUUAUUUAGAUUUAGUACUUGCUUUAGAAAAUAGAUCUGAGCCACAAGCACUAGCUUUCCUGUUCAGAAUUUUGGAUAUUAAGGGAUGUGGCUAUUUAGAUGCCUUUACAUUGCACUUUUUCUUCAGAGCAAUCCAAGACCAACUAAAGGCUCAUGGUGCUGAACCUGUUUCAUUUGAAGAUGUGAAAGAUGAGCUGUUUGAUAUGGUGAAGCCUGAACAUCCAGAUAGGAUUACUUUGAGUGAUUUGCAAAACUGUGGACAGGGUGAAACUUUUGUCAGUAUAUUAAUUGAAUUCCAUGGUUUUUGGAAUCAUGAAAAUAGAGAGGCAGUCUCAUCAGAACCUUCACAAGAUUAAAAUCACGUCGAUGCACUAUGUAUGUUAUACAGCAAAAAGUCUGGUCAUUCCCUGAAACCAUAUAAUUUAAUGAAUAUUCACUUGUUUGAUUAACAUUAUUUAUAACAUUAUUUCAGUAAAUGAUUCUUUAAUUUACAUUGAACACUGUAAACGGUAAUUCGAGUUAUUGUUACCCUAUUCAGUGUACUGUAAUUUAACUAUUUGGUGAAACCUUUUAAAGUGUUUAAUAUUAAACAUCUUAAAACGUUUCACCAAAUGGUAAAAAAACAGUAUAUCAAACAGUGUAAGGGAUGUAUACUCGCUUUAUCGUUUACAGCGUUUGUCGGAAAUUAAACAGUUAUUCCCUGAAAUGAUGUACAAUUUCAAUCAAACUGUAAACAUUCUUUAAAUUAUAGUGUUUACAUGAUUGUAUACAAGGAAUUACUAACAUUUCUGCCGAAUAACAAGUUACACCGAUUUCCUAUGUGAUAUUUACACAUUUUAAAUAAAAAAAAAAAUAAA